AUGGACACUGAAGGUGACGCAAAGCAGAGGUUUUUCCAGAGCCAUAGCUUAACAGUCGCAGCGACUUUCGCUAUGCGCCUGUUCCUUCUUCCCAUCAGCACAAGGCGAACCUUAAUCUACUGCGAACGCGUCGAGGAGGCCGUGUCCGGCGCGAAGCCAUCGAUCUCCGAGCGAGUUAUCAACCGCGUCUCCAGCACCUGGGCAGAGUGGGAGAAGAAGGACAAGGGAUGGCAGAGGCAACUCACUAACUACGGCAACCAACUGUUCAAGCGCAUUCCGUACGAAGAAUGGGGCCUGAAAAGCAUCCCGCCUGCGACCAAGGCGCGCUUAGCAGAAGUAGAUCAGGGCAAGCACAAGUUCGAGUGCCUGUAUCCUAGUGCCUUCAUGCAAGGCAAGAACGUGUCUGAUGUGCUGCGGAAGCUGGCCACGGAACGGCAAAGCUAUCACAACCGCAGUAUGUGGGUGUGUCUUGGCUGGAUGCCCAUAACGAUACCGUUUACUUUUGUACCAGUUAUACCUAACAUCCCCUUCUUCUAUCUUGGCUUUCGCGCAUGGUCGCAUUACCGCGCCUUGUAUGGCGGGAAGCUACUCGAGCACGUUCUGAAGAAGGACAUGGUCCGGAUGACUGACAGCAAGAUACUGAACGAGAUGUACGCGAGAGGCUUGUUAAGUCCGAACCGUCCGCAGGCGCGUGACGCAUCCAGCCCGUCGGUGGAGGAGACAGAGAGAGUGGUGCAGGAGGUACAAGUGCAAACUGUCGAUGGCAAGGAAGACGUCAUGCUGUUACAGCAAUGGAACGCCAAGCUCAUUGCCGAAGCAUUUAAACUACCUGAGAUGCAGAUUGAGAUCGAGCGGGCAGUCGAGCAGGUGGAGACUGCGAUGAAGAAGGCGAAGAAGGACCAGGUAGAAGACAAACAAGCGAUCGAGAAGACGAAGCACGAGUCCACGGAAAAGACCGAGGAGAUGAAGCGAUAG